CGCCAUAGGAGCAGAUCUCCGGCGACAGGCUACAGCAUGAGGAUCACGUGCUUGCUGCUGCUAGGUGAGUCUCACGUGCCAUAGGAGCAGAUCUCCGGCGACAGGCUACAGCAUGAGGAUCACGUGCUUGCUGCUGCUAGGCGGCCUGGUGCUCGCGGCCGCAGCGCAGGCGGACCAGCAGGAGCUGAUCAUGCUGGAGAUAGAGGCCCUGCCGCGCCCCAGCCGCCACGACAAGCGCGCCGCCGCGCCAACCAGCCAGGCGCUGUACGGCGCCUCGCCGGGCCAGUUCGUGGUGCGGUCCGGCGACGACACGCAGCAGCAGCAGCAGCAACAGCAGCAGCCCGACGUGCCGCAGGAGUACCUGCAGCUGCUGCAGCAGCUCCUGGCGCAGUCGCGGCAGCUGCCCCAGCAGCCGCCCGUCAUACAGCAGCUCGUCGUGUCCAGGGACCCCGAGCCCAGUGUGGCCAGGUUCAGCACGACGCCCGACCCCUCACAGUUCCUGUACCUGGACCCGUCCGCCGGACCACCGACGCCCGCCCCCGCCGCCGCCAGGCGUCCCCUGCCGCCAGAGGCGCGCGCCCAGCAGCAGCUGCAGCAGCUGUACCACGACCAGCGACAGACGCCGCGCCCGCCGCAGCAGCUGUCCCCCUCCGCCGCGCACAGCGUGCACGAGGCGCGCCUGCGGGCCUCGCUCGCCGGCGACAACCCUGACUUCCUGGCGCUGACGCCGCCGACUGCCGCCCCCGCGGCUCAGCGAGACCUGGAGGACGCGCUGUUCCAGCAGCAGCUGCAGCGGCUGGCGGAGCAGGCUCGGCAGGAGCAGGCGCAGGCGCAGCAGUCCCCCUUCCAGCAGGCCCUCCAGCGGCAGAGCGUGCAGCCGCAGGUGUUCCCGCCGGCGCCUCAGCCGACACCGCGCCAGCCCCAGUACCAGCAGCUGGAGGCGUCCACCCCCGCGCCUCGCUCGACCACCGCAGCGCCGUUGUUCCUCCCUGGGCCCCAGCAGUACCUGAGGGAGACCACGAGGCCCCGUGGCCGCCGCCCCCAGCAGCAGCUGCUAGAGACUCCCAGGCCCACCCUGAGGCAACAGCAGCAACUGGUCGCACCCAACUACCUCUCCACCCCGGCGCCCACCGCUGCGUCCCACGAUGACGAUGUGAUCUCCUCGCUGCUGGGCCAGUCUGCGGCCACCACCGCUGCCACCCUCCCCUCCCGCUCGUCUAUCUUCGUGUCGACCACGUCUACCCUGAAGGGCUCCAAGUCAGGUAGCGGUGUCACGAUAGAGGAGCUGGGCAGCGUCCCUCAAGAGGAAGCCGGCGAUGAUGGUGCGCUGCCGAUUGUGCGCCUGCCCACGCCUGAGGGCCAGAGGCCGCUCACGUCGGCCGAGCUGCAGGCGCUCAUCGCGGCGGGGUUCAAGGUGACGCCCCUGGGCGGGCAAGAGGAGGCUGCCCCGGGCCUGCCCUACUUCCAGCAGUCCGCGAAGAGGCAGCGGUCGUACGCGACCCCGGAGCCGCCGGCGGACAACCAGGCGGUGGCGCGCCAGCCGACCAGGAAGCAGGAGGAGAAGCCGCAGCUACGGCCGCAGCCUGCUGACCCCGAGCUGACCCCGCCUAGCUACCAGCCACAGGCACAGGAACCCGAGAACUACCAGCCGCAGGACCUGCAGUUCUUCUUCCAGAGGCCAGGAGGCGAGCAGAGGCAGCCUGGGGCAGCCCGACAGCCGCAGCAGUCGUACCAGCCGCAGCAAGUGCAGCUGGUCUUCCAGCAGCAGACCGGGAGCAGCACUCAGCAGCCGCCUGUCGCCUACGAUCCGCAGGAGUUUCAGCUGGUGUUCCAGCGACAGGCAGGCGAUCAGAGCCAGCCUGGCCGCGCCCAGCAGCAACUGGCCAACCAUCCACAGGAGAUACAGCUGGUAUACAAGCAGCAGCUGUCAGAGGAGGCCCAGAAGGAGCAAGCGAGCUCCGAGCAACCCCAGCUCCCCUACCAGCAGCUGGUGUACCAGAGUGCCCAGCUGGGCUUCCAGCAGUCGCCCAUCGUGGUGCCCGAGGAGUACCAGGCGGGCUCCAGGCGCAGACCCGCGGGUUCGCGCCGCAGCCGGCAGAGGUCGCGCGGCUACAGACCCGCCAGCUCGCAGGACAGCCUGGCGUCCUACGACAGCGAGCCCGCGCCUUCCAGCGCCCAGGCUCGGCGCGCGAGGCAGAGAAGCCGCCGGCCGCCGCCGUCCGAGUCGUGAGGUGCCGAGCACUGACAGACCCCGCCAUUUAGCCUUCCAUUCGCUUACCUGCUAGCCACCGGUCUCCUGUUUCCGUGCGUUUCAUUGGGCCGCCGUUAAUCCGACACUCAACCAUCAGUCCACAUGGAUAAAUUACGUGUGACCAAGUCAAAUUCAUAGUUAAGUAAUGGUGAUUUAUCGCAUGGACAUAUUACUUCUUAGAUUUUAUUAACGUUGCGAGCUUUUUAUUUUUACUAAACGGGCUUCUGCUGAACAAAGGUAAACAAAAUUCCUGAAUCCUAACUCUGAAGUCUUUCAUUAAAUACCCCGCCCCCCCCCCCCCCCCCCCCCCCCCCCAAUCAAGAAUGGGUGUUUUUAUACUUAAUGGUUAAGCGGACUUCUUCAUAUAGUUUCCAUUAAAGAAGGGACUUAAAUGCAAUCUUAAAAAAAUCGUCAUUUGAUUUAAGAAACUCAUUCCACACUUGGCUCGGCCAGCUCAAACACAACCGCUUUAUUAUGGAACUUUUAUUAUUCACCCUAAAUUUUUUUUUUCAACCCAAACGGUAGGAAGUUAAAAGGUUCUUAAAAACUAAUUUUGCUCAUAAAAUCUUUGUGAAUAACUACUUCCUGAAUAGUGUAAAAUUUAAUGCUCAAAUAACUUAUAUCCUUUACUUGAGUAUUUAAAAGGUCCAUGAAAUCUAGCAUGAAGCCAAUUAAAAUGUUAAAUGAGUGAGCCCCUGAUUAUUAUAUAUCACUUCAAGUCAUUUUUUUAAAUAUCUUAUAAUCUCUCAGCUUUCGAAUACUGCAGCAGUAAUAAAUUAUUUUUUUAAAUAAAAUUAAAAAAACCAAAAUACUAAUAAAUAUUUGCAUUUAAAUAUUUCAAUAAAAUAUCAUCCCUGCUUUUCUAUCAAUAAAUAAACAUGUGAAAUUAAACUAAACCCGGUACUUCGACUAUCAUUUCCUACAAUUCAUUUUACAUUUAUUUAGCACUAUUACUGAAGGCAGCGUUGGAGACUUACUCAAACAUCGUGCUGAUAUUCGUCAUGAAAUGAUAAGAGUUACGUGAUUAUUUUAUGUUUAGAGUGUACUGGUAAAUGUUUGUAGAUGUUUAAUUGUGUAGCUAAGUGAAUGGAUUUUCUCUAGAAAAUAAUAAAAUUUGCUCUAUUUUGCUGCAAAUACUUUGUGCAAUAUAUUAUAGAGAUUCCUAAACAAUCAUUUUUGUUUAAAGUUUAUAUUCUGUUGUAUUUUUUAAGAGAUGGUAUUUUGUUUAUUUUUUAUUGAUUGAUAUUUUAGUUAUGUAAACAGAAACUUGUGACAUCUUACUUCUUGUUUGUUUAUAUUAUUUAUGGUUUAUUUUUCAUAACUCAAGUCAAGAAACUGUGGCUUUGUCUUUAAAAUCCAUCUUGCAAUAGUUGUUUUAAUGAUGUAUAUUUAUUUUUCUGAUGUAAAUAUAUUUUUUCAACUGUAAACAGAUAUACGGAAUAAUCCUAAAGUUAACGAGUGUUUUGACUGAUAUUAAGUAUCUUCACGGUUGAAAAUGUGAUUUCACCAAAUUAUUUUCAAAUGUGGAUUGCUAUGUCAAAAAUAUAUCUACAAAAUAAAGUUCAAUGAGAUA